AUGAUCAGCCACACCCUGACUUCCUACAUAUAUAGAAGUCUAAGGCCUCCUGGUAUGAGUCGUCUGACUGGUGAUCAUAACAGGUGGUGGUGCAUACGGACGCAGCUCAGUCAGCCAGGGCUUUCACUGAUAGAACAGUUGGAGCAGUCCUUGUCCUUCAAUCCUUCCCGGGAGGAGGCGUACCCAGUAGAUGUCGGCCAUUGCUGGUACUUCAGGCUGUGGCACGAGCAUGGAGGAGCCUUUGUAGUGGUGUCGCAGCUUGACGUCUGUGAAGAACAUCUUCACCCUGAGCAACAGCAGUGGAGCUUCAGGAUGGAGCCACAGCCCUCCCACAUUAAGAAGGAAGAAAAAUACCCACUGAUCCCCCAUUUUAAAGAGGAAGAGGAGGACCCACUGACCCCUCACAUUAAAGAGGAAGAGGAGGAACACAGCAUCAGUCAGCAGGGAGAGCAUCUUGAAGGACUGGAGGAGGUUGAUGUCACCAAGAUGCCAGUGACUGGUGUCCCUGUGAAGAGUGAAGAUGAUGAGGUCAAAGGUGAAAGUGAGGAGAAGAGAGAGGCGGAGCACAUGACAACAGAAGCUGAUGGAGACCACUGUGGAGGAUCACAAGCAGACAAGAUCUUAGCUCCACUAUCAGAUAACAUCCAUCAGCUGAUUGGACACCAAGAAGAAUGUCUCCCUCAUCUGCAGGGGGACAGUUUCACUUCAGAGGAUCCACAGCCCCCCUAUUUUAAAGAGGAAGAGGAGGGAGAGUGUGUUGUAGGGCAGGAGGAGGAUGAUGUCAGCAAGUUUCCACUGAUUUUUGUCUCUGUGAAGACUGAAGAGCAUGAAGACAAAGCACCUGAGUCCUCACAGCUUCAUCACAUGGACAGCGCUUGA